GUCACAAUGUCUUAUCUAUAAAAAAAAUCUUUUUAUCCAUUGAAAAUGGUGUUUGUUAUUAGUAAUUUUUGUGUUUCAAUAAACUAUUGAUACCUUCCACAUCGAAUUUUAUAUGAUGUUAAUUUUGGUGCCAUUUCAACUGGUCAGUAUCAAUCUGCGUAAAAUUGUUGUUAGAGCUCUGGUGAUGGAUAAUCAAAUAAUUUAAUUCUAUAUAAUAACUCAUUUGCAUGUGACCAAAAAACAAAUAUUUUUUAGACAAUAUGAUUAUUCGGUUCUAUUAUUAUGGUGAUAAGGUUGUGGUUGGGGCAUAUAUUUGGGGCUAACUCCUCUCUCUUCUUCUGCAUGAAAUUUAUAAUAAUGUAGUGCGAUUUAUUUUUAAAAACAAACUAUAAAUUAUGUAAAUAGUAUAUAAAAAAAUAAUUUAAAAUCGUGUCUAGUCAUUCUAUUGCCAAGAAUAUAAAAAAGCUUUCGUUACCUUUAAAAAAUUGUGUAUUUAAAAUAAUUUAGUCGGUAAACAAACCACCUAAGUCACAAACCAAAGAACAAUAUUGUGUGCAGCAAAAAAAACCUAAGGAAAUGACGAAUACCAAAGAAAAAAUUCGAAAACAUCAAUGCGAAGAAUGUGGUAAAUAUUUUUUAAGUCGUAAUGAUUUACGAAAACAUUUACGCGUCCAUUCCGGUGAAAAACCGUAUGAAUGUAAAGAAUGUGGCCGUUGUUUUCGACAAAGUGGUAGUUUAAAGAAUCAUAUUGCGUCACAACAUUCACCUGGUAUCGAAUUUUCCGAAAUAUUUAUAUGUAACUAUUGUAAUAAAUCAUUCCCAGUCAAAGAACGUUUACGUCUUCAUCUUCGCAUCCAUACGGGUGUUAAACCGUACUCUUGUACACAAUGUACAAAAACAUUCGCCCGUAGCGGACAAUUGGUACAACAUUUACGAACACAUACCGGACAACGACCAUAUACAUGUGAACAAUGUAAUGCCAGUUUUACAUGUAUUGCCAAUUUAAAAUUACAUACAAAACGUCAUUUUGAUUUACGUGAUUAUAUAUGUGAUAUUUGUGGAAAAUCAUUCUUACGACCUGACGCUUUAAAGAAACAUUUAACAUGUUUUCAUGGAAAUGUACGGGCUUUUCAUUGUACAAUCUGUAAUAAGGAGUUUAAGGGACAUUUAUCACAACAUAUGCGCACACAUAAACAAGAUAAACCGCAUGGAUGUGCGAAUUGUGGUGCAAGAUUUGCGCAACGCUCACAAUUAACGGUACACCAACGGAUACACAGUGGGGAGAAACCAUAUCGAUGUCAAGUAUGUUGGAAAGCGUUUGCACAUAGUACGGCCUUGAAAUUACAUACACGCCGUCACACAGGCGUUAAGCCAUUCAAAUGUUUAUUAUGUGAGAAUGUAGCUUUCUCUCAGUUACCCCACUUAAAAAAACAUAUGCUUUGUAUUCAUAAGACAAAUAAACCCUAUCUUUGCACCCAUUGUAAGACGUUCUUUAAAACGAAAAAUGACUUAGAAGCGCAUCAAUUAGAAUGUAAAAAAAUUGAAAAUGAUUCUGUACCAAAUAAUGUAAACGGUUUGAAAAAGGAUACGGUUGUUGAGCCACCGAUGCCAAUUGAAAAAAUGCGUUUACUUUUGGCGGUUUUAUUAAAGAAAAUUUCAUCACAAAAACGUUUAGAUGAGCUGGGGUUUAAUAAACGUUUGAUUGAUGAUGUAUUAUAUGAAUCGAUUAAAGGAUCAGGUCGUGAGCCAUGCAAAGACGAAAUGCUAACAGAAGCGGAACGCUUAAAAUCAAAUGUACAAAUUCUCUUAGAGUGGACUGUGCCCAAACAAUACAUGGAUAAAUUUAAACUUGAACAGAGAUCAACUGAAGAAUUACUUGAAGAAUUAACUUCUUAAAAUAAUAGUUCAUCUUAAAAAAUUAGUACAAGCUCCCUUGGUAUGAGAGUGUCCCGCAUCGAAUACAUUCAAAAUAAGUUUCCAAGUAGAAAGACCACAUGCAAGGAUAUGUUAGUUUAUAAUUGUACUCCUGAGGAAUUACAAUUACUCUGAUUGAGCUCUUUAUCGUGGAGUAUAGGAAUUUUUUCUGUUAACAAUAUCCUAAUGAAAUUUAUAGAGGAUUAUAAAAGGUGUCAGUUCUCAUAAUUCUUUUUUCAAGGAAGUGCAGUUUCCGUCCAUCAUUAUUUAUUUUAUCGUUUUCAAAGCAGGCUUCAUUUGACAUAACACUUUUACGCCUGUGUUUUUUCCAAUAAUGACAUAUUAGCGGACAAAUUACCAUUACCGUUGAACAAAAUCCACGUGUUGUUCUUCAGUAAUUCUGGUCAUUUUAUAAAAUUUUCUCCAUGAAACGUUUCAAUGCAGCUAAAUAGAAUUAUUUAUUAAUGAUCUUGUUUCUUUUGGUUCUAAUCCACGAUGGGUUUAAACAUAAAAAACGAAAAAGUAAAUCCGGAAAUAAGAUUAUCUUCUUCGCUUUCUUGGAACUCGGUUAGUGCAUUGUGCGCCUCUUAAACUCAUGUUUUACAUAUUUAUUUCAUCACAUAUUUGAUUUUUAACAAUUUGAGGGAAGCUCUUGUUUAAUUUUUCCGUUAAGAGUAAAAAUCAAAACGCUUUACUAAGA